AUGCCGAUGGUUCAGCUCCCAAGACGUUCAAAGAUCUUAGAUGUUAUCGGCUUGGCGGAGACCGGAUCAGGAAAGACCGCCGCUUUUGCUCUUCCAAUCCUACAGUCGCUCCUCGUUAAACCCCAGCCUCUCUUCGGACUUGUCCUAGCUCCCACUCGUGAACUGGCGCAUCAGAUCGGCCAGCAGUUUGAUGCUCUCGGCAGUAUAAUAUCUCUGCGAUGUGCGGUGAUUGUUGGUGGUCUGGAUAUGGUACCACAAUCCAUUGCCCUGGGAAAGAAGCCGCACAUUAUAGUGGCCACCCCGGGUCGCUUACUCGAUCACCUGGAACGAACAAAGGGGUUCAGCCUACGAGCUCUUAAAUACCUUGUUCUCGAUGAAGCAGAUAGGUUGCUAGAGCUCGAGUUUGGUCCGGUCAUUGAUAAGAUCCUCAAAUUUGUUCCCCGAGAAAGAAGGACCAUGCUCUUCUCCGCCACCAUGAGCUCAAAGGUGGAGAGCCUGCAACGCGCUAGUUUGCGAGAUCCUCUCAAAGUCAGCAUCAGCACGAGCAAAUAUCAGGUUGUCUCUACCCUGAAACAGAACUACAUGUUCAUACCCCACAUGCACAAGGACGUCUAUCUCGUUCACCUCGUCAACGAGUUCGCCGGAUCCUCGACCAUCAUAUUUUGCCGUACGGUUACCGACACGCAGCGGAUCGCAAUUAUGCUCCGUGCUCUCUCGUUUGGGGCUAUCCCUCUACAUGGUGGUCUUAGCCAAUCGAAUCGUCUUGGCGCCUUGAACAAAUUUCGCGCUGGUAGUCGCAACAUUCUGGUGGCGACGGAUGUUGCUGCGCGAGGUCUUGAUAUCCCAAAUGUCGAUAUUGUGAUCAACUACGAUCUUCCAGGCGAUAGUAAGACAUAUGUUCAUCGCGUGGGAAGAACCGCUCGUGCAGGCAAAGCCGGUCGGGCCAUAUCAAUCGUAACGCAGUACGAUGUCGAGCUAUGGAUGAGAAUUGAAGCGGCUUUGGGCGAAAAACAGAAGGAAUACCCUGUCGAGAAAGACGAAGUGAUGGUGUUCAAGGCAAGAGUGGAGGAGGCACAGAGACAAGCAAGAACAGAGAUGAAGAAUCUGCUUGAUAACAGGGGUACGAGGGGCUCGGUUUUGAGAGGAAGAGGGCCUAGUAGACAGGGCAGAAGGAGACAUGACAAUAUGGACGCAGAAGAAGGCUAA